AAUUCUAUACAGAACCAACCUUGUGCUAUGGCCCUGUAUAAAUAUGAAGCACAAGAGCAUGGGGACCUGUCUUUCAACAAGUCUGACAUCAUCCUACUCCACAAGCGGAUUGAUGAUAACUGGUACCAAGGGGUAGUCAUGAGUACAGCUGAGCAGUUACUCAUGGGUAACGCAGAGCAGAUUGGAUUCUUCCCAGCAAGCUAUGUACAGGUGCUAACCCCACUGCCUCCUGACCCACCUCAGUGCAAGGCCCUCUAUGACUUUGAGGUCAACGAGAGAGAGGAAAAGGACUGCCUUACGUUUACAAAGGAUGAGGUGCUGAAUGUGAUCCGACGAGUGGAUGAGAACUGGGUGGAGGGCAAGAAAGGAGACAAGAUUGGCAUCUUUCCUCUCUCCUUUGUCGAGCUGAAUGGUACAGCCAAGAAUCUAGUGGAUGCCCAUGCAGGCAUUGAUAGAAGCUCCGGACCAUCCCAACAGUCACAGGGGAGUGGAGAUGCAAGCAGCGGUAGCCCUGACCAAGCUGGUUCCUCAGGUCCAGAGGGUAGUAGUAAAAACAAGGCCAAGAGACAUUCUUUCCCGUACCUACUAAACAAGAAUAAAGAUGCCCCGCCCACAACCAGCACCACGACAGCUAGCACCAGCAACAGCAGCAGCAGCAGCAGCAGCAAUAACAACAGCAAUAGGCAUUCCAUGGAGAUCAGCUCUCCCGUCCUGCUGCGUUCCAGUAACCCCACAGCAGCGAAUCUCAUCGAUAGUAAAGCGCCUUCAUCGUCGACCCAAGCUGCAGCUGGUCCUGCAGCAGUUUCUACGAAUGGAGGUGCAGCGCCCACUGCGUCAACCACGACGGCGACGGCCGGUGCAUCGGGUGUCAACUACAAGAAGAAACCUGCACCUUUGACUGGUAUUACGCAGAACCCAGCGAUCACGUCUCGAGGUCCUAAUUCGCCCAGUCUAGCAGCGUCACCAACGGUCACCCCGGCUGGCAAUGUGGAAUUCAGAUUUGGUGGUGAAGCGCCGGCCUCUCCCAAACCCAAAGUAGAAGUUUGUGUGGCCAUGUAUUCCUACAAGCCCACCAAGGGAGAUGAGUUGGAGCUCAAGAAAGGUGACUUCUACACGGUGACUGAGAGGUGCAAGGAUGGCUGGUACAAAGGGAUGUCAGUCAAGACCGGAGACAUGGGGGUGUUCCCUGGAAACUACAUGCAGUCAUACAGGCAUGAAAGAUCGGCGAGGAAAACUCCAACCACAGUCAGCAGUACAUCUGAAGGUCGUACUAGCAACACAUCCUCAGACUCCCCAAGGCAAUCUACGUCUGCCCCUACCUCAUCAAGCAGUCAGGGUAUGAGACCAAGGUUACCUAGCGAUGCUGCAUCCCGUGCCAACUCCCACAGGGUACCUAGUGACACCCCGGCCAGCCCGUCGCCCCUCCAGGCGAUGAGACCCCGCGUGCUCAGUGACGCUGGCUCCCGCAUGUCAUCUCAACGGAUAGCAGCGGAUCUUUCAACAGCUAGCUCAACGCCAGUGAGCCUGAGCUCGGCAACAACUCAAACAUCCAGUUCAAGAACUUGUGCAAAUGCGUCCCGAGCUACGGGGCAAUCUGCUCAACCCAAGUCGCCGUCCCCGAUACAGACGGACAGGAGAACCGGUUCACAAAUUCCAGACGGACAGAAAACUGUUGCGCAGUUGCAAAGUGAGAGGGCGGCCCAACAGUCGCAGUUCCGGCCGCCUCCGCCAAACCAAUCGGUACGCCCAGGUGUUUCUGCGAUGGGGCAGACCAGACCUACCGGACACUCCGAGAGAACAACAAGGGGUAGCCCUCCUACUGUGGGGACACAAACUGCUGCUGUGACAGCAAGGACAAACACUGGGCAGUCCCAGCCCCCUAGUAGACAUUUACAAGGACCAAGUCCACCCUUGAGUGUUAGACAACGAGUGCCCGCUGGACAAGUGGUAUCAGGUUCUCCACCCACUCACAAUGGUGUAGUGCAACGAGUGCGGAGUCCAAGCUCACCCCAGCAGGAUAGUGCUGUUGCUAGUGAUGCGGAGCGCGUUGUGAAACCCAGGGGAUCACCUGUGAUGGGACAAGGGUCUCCAAGAGGCGCGGUGGCUACGCCCAGUGCUACCCCGCCGCUGUCCACGCCUCCUCAGGUAGAGCAUCACAUGAGUGCCAAAUCAAAACGUUAUUCCGCCACAGAGGCUCGGCUGCAGCAAGCGCCCAAGCCCCGGCGGCACAGCGAGAGCGACAACGACCCAGUGCGAUCACGCAGGACACUGCUUGCCAAAACAAACUCCCACCAGCACCCGCCUCAAUGCAACCCUCAAAUGCACCCUCUUGCUCCUGGCCCCGCUGCCCAGCAGCAGUCAGGCAAAGCUCUCUCCACCACAGCACAGCCACACCCGAACGGCAAGCAAACCACACCGUCUUCCUCAGGCCAACAACAGACCAAACCAAAUAGUCCUAGUGUGCACAGAGUAUUUGACCUUUCACCUUUUUCAACCCCACCUAAUUCCACUGCUCCUGAUUGUAGUGCGCCCUCGCUUGGCAAUCCUGGUAAAAUUGACAAGAAAGAGAAAAAGGACCGCAAAGUCUCCAAGAAGCGCCCUCAAGGUAGUCCUGAAGACGGCGCCCCCAUUCCCCUGACACGGGGCAGUUCCCUCCCUGAUGGACAAGGGGUGAUGAAUCCCGCUGAGCCAGGCCGUUACUGCCCUAGCCCAGGCCUGACGGUACCCAGUACCCAACCACCCGGUACCCAACCACCCAGUACCCAACCACCCAGUACCCAAUCACAGGGUGAGGGUAGUGGGGAAGAGACCCCACCGGUAGUGGUUGCUGCUGGGGUUAGUGAUGGUGCUAGCGGAGUAACGGAGAGAAAGGAUAAACCACCUAAGACAACUCCUCCACUUGUCAGAGAAAGGUACCGUGUCGUCGUGCCGUACCCUCCCACCAGCGAAGCCGAGCUGGAACUCAAGGUCGGUGAGACUGUCUUUGUUCACAACAAGCGUGAGGAUGGAUGGUUCAAGGGCACACAGCAAAGGACGGGUAAAACUGGUCUGUUCCCGGGCAUCUUUGUGGAAAGUUUCUAGGCAUCUAGGCGUCAUCCCGGCAGCUUCAAGGAAACUUUCCAGGCGUCAACCCGGCAGCUUUUUUAAACUUUCUAGGCGUCACCCUGGUAGCUUCAUGGAGAGUUUCUAGGCGUCAACUUGGCAGCUUCUUGCAGAGUUUCUACGUGUCACCCUGGGAGUUUCGUGAAAAGUUUCUAGGCGUUGACCCGCCACUUUUGGGGAGAGUUUCUAGGCAUCAACUUGGCAGCUUCGAGCAGAGUUUCUAGGCGUCACCCCCAAAAGAAACUCACAAUUACGGUAAGGGGAAGAUAUGUUUUUAUUUAUUCCCCAUGUAUCGCCAUGUAUCGCCAUGUAUCAUCAUGGUUCACCUUUUUAUUACUUGGUCAAAUUUCAUAGAGCUACUUGAGCAGAAAUUAAUGCUUACAAUUUUCUGCUUAGCAGAAAUGAGCAGGAUACCAGUCACAAAUGUUACUUGUGGCGUGGUAUUUUGCCUGGUAACCUUAUUCUGAUUUAAGCAUAAUUUGUCGUGCUUAUUCUACUUGUUUGCGCAUAAGCAGCUCUAUGAAACCGUGCCCUCGUCAUUAUUAUAACUGCUUCCAGAAAGCAUGAACAGAAUUGCUGGCUUUCAUGUUAAAAACUCGAACAACUUUCCCUCACUAAUUUGCCAUUUGAGACCUUUGAAACUGUACCCCUCUGCACACAAAACUUGAUGCUUGGAAAGUUUUGGAUCUGUUAGUUCCUUCAAGAAUUUGUUAUAUUUACCGUAGUGACGUAUUCACUUUAACUCUGUUAAAAUUGUGGCAUUCGUUGUUAAAAGUGCGACUUCAAAUCAAAAACCUGAUCUUGAAUCUUACUUUAUAAAAACUUAUGAAGAUUUCAGGGAUUUCUUUUAACGAUUGAGUCCCCUUAAUCUGAUCAGAGCACUGUAUCCAAAGAGAUUAUAAAUUUAUUAGACAAGCUUGUCGAAAAUCUAGAAAAACAAAGGAAGCUUUCUUUAAAGCAAAACUGAUGUGAAUUUAAUUUUGUAAAUCCCUGUAAAAAAAAAAAAAAAAAUGGUGGUGGGAAAAACAAUUUGAUGACCCAACGAUCAUCUACUAUGAGUUUAUAACAAAUCAUGUAGUUGAAGAAAUCAAACUCUAAUAUAGAAAUAGUAGCGCGAUUUGUAACACCAGCUAAUAUAUUUUUUAUUGUAACGGCUGGUCAUUUCUGAAUAACAAUUUAACAGUAUUAUUACUAUAAAUAAUGUACGUAUGUUCUUAUAAUUGCAUCAUACAAAUUGUCUAAUAGCUUUAAAUGCUAAAAAAAAAUGAACUAUUUAUGAACAAAAAGUAAUUAAAGUAAAAACAGUACAUCCGAUGUGUAAGAUGAUAUAAAGAUAAGAUUUAAUUAUAAAUUCAAGUCAUUUUUGAAAUUAUCACUUCGAAAGUAACAAUUGCUUUGAAAAUCUACAUUUCAUCGACGAUAAUCCACGAAUUUGAUGCCCUUUUAGCAGAAUGUAAAGUUGAGUAACUUUUGCUUUGGCUGGAAGGUAUUCAUACUGUAAACAGUAAAUCCUUUUGUUUUUAUCUUAAAUUUUCUCUUAUUCAGCCUUUCAUAAUGAUCUGGUAUUGAUUUGAAAUUAUAAGCAAACAUUGCAAGUGCAAAUGGGGAACCCACACAGUCGAGUAGGGACUGCAAACCCAAUCCACAUAGUGAAUGAACCUUGGUGAGAUUCGAACCGAGGUCCCAGUGGUGGAAGGUGAGGCAAGACACCACUACGCCAACCUGACCAUCAUUUUGAACCGUGAUCAGAAACUAUGAUAAAAACAACCUAUUAUGGUGAAGAUUUAUCGUACCGGUGUUAUACCAAAAUACAAUGCACAACCAGGUCUGAUACAUGUUUCCAUUGGACAGCAAAAGUCAACACACCUGUUCAAUUAUUUGCAGGCGUUUUUUUUCUUCUACAUAUUUACAUUUUUUUUUUUCUUCAUUUCAAGAACGAAAGUCAUGGCAGUCUGAGUUAAAGACACUUUCUUUUUCUGGCGGCUCCCAAAAUGCAACUCCUCUUAUCUUUAAAUACGUGAUAAUAUGACAAGUUUUGGGUUAGCUAGUCACCAUUUCAAAAUUAAUCUGACAGUGGAUUACACAAAGAGCUAAGAUGUAAUUGGCUAAUCGUCAUCAGCAUUAGUGCUUUGUGAAAUCAAAACUAAAAUCUGAGUACUUAUUAAUUUAUGGAAAUCAAACCAAGAUGAACAAUAACUCUGUUUGUUAAGCCAAACCUAGUCUUUCAUUCACUAAGCUUUUUGAGUUAUUUAAGUUAUUAGGUUAUUCUAAAGUACAACCUACAUGUAUUCAUGUUAAUUCAUGUCAAGUCAAGGUGUUGUUUUUAAAGUGUGUACCUUAAGCCCUCGCUUCAAAGACUAUGUAGUGAUAUCAAUUUGCUCUCCUUGCUCUAGUGCUUGUCUAACCCUGUUGGUAACGACCCCUGAUUUGUCAAAAAUUCAUUACGUUAAGACGCUAUCAAUACAUGUAUCUGUAUUGGUCCCUUGCACCAAUGUCAUCCAAGGCUUCGGGAGCCAAUUUUCAAAAUUGCUAUUUUUCAUGUUUUCAGAGAGUCGUAGCCUUGCGAGAUGGAAGCAUUAAGUGCCAAUUUGAAUUUAUAGAACCAGUGUGUUCUUCAAGUUUGUUAUUAAUCCAAGGUCCAUAGCAGUGCCCUGAGCUGUAAAUGGUAAAUUACUACUCUCUUUUUAGAAAUCGCAAAUAACAAGUCCAGAGACAAUCACUGCGGUCAAGGCAUACACAAGCUCAGAGCUCACUUCCCGAUUUUUAUUUGGUCACAACUUAGAACUUUCACAAAGGUCACGCAGUUUGUUGUAACCAAUACAAAUGUGUACUAAAUAACGAUAGAACCAAUUUAUAAUAGACAGAACAUUGACACAGGACACUGCUAGGAUUAAACAGAGGUGUGUUAAAAAAGAAGAUGUGGUUAAUUUGUUACGCUUUGGAAAGUUACUGAAUGUGGCAAUAAGCUAAGCAGGUUAAGUUGAUGCGUGUAGCAAUCAACUUUUGCCUUACUAUUUUGCUUAGCCAAAGUAUGGUGUUCAUAGAAAGUGCUCUUAAUAAUCCAUUUUGAGGUAUAGUGGACAGAAUACUAUGGCACUAUUUGGUUGGGGUUUUGUCUGUAUCUGAACCCAACCUAAUGCGCUGCGUUCUGGCGUAGUGGCGCUUUACAAAAUGCCUUAUACAUGUAUGUAUGUAUGUAUGUAUGUCAAUUAUGUAGACACCCAAACCAAACAGUGCGUGGUGUCCACCAUACCUCAAAAAGGCUAAUAGCUUUUGAAUAUGAAGAAACACACCCUUCCCAUGAAAUGUUAACUGCACAUAGCGCAUGCGCACUCAAUUUUUGAAAUGCAAAAAGGGAGAACAUGGUGCUGUUUUGUAUGCGGCUAAUAACGGCGUUACGCAGACGCUAGUGCGCGUCAGCUGAGUGUACAUCUCUAUGGCGUUUGCCAACCAAUAGGGACUGCUGCACGCAUGCGUGAGUGUAAUCAGCAUACUCCAUGGGAAGGUUCUAUUGGUUUGUGAAAGAAUAGGAAGUGUUCAUAUUAUUGUUACUUCUUUUUCUUUGCAGUCUUAACCAGACUGUUGCUUCCAAUUACUUGACACUAUUACCAGACUACAUGGGAACUAUUUUUAUAUUGUCUUGUACUUUGUUAAUGAUUUGCUUAAGGGCUUCUCUAUUCUCAAUGCAAAGGUAAAUGCAAAGGAAAAUGAACUUUUAAACUACAGCUAUCAUUUUAAACCAUAAUAUUGCACAUUAUUUUUCUGCCAAACUUUUAAACAAGCAGUACUUGUGUCUUAUAAUUUUUUUUAUUUGAAUCCCAAUUUGAAACAAAAUGCUGGGCUCACCCCUUUUGAUUUUGUUUAAAUUGUUGUACUUCAUUUUUUAAAAAGCAGGGCUUGCCCCUUAAAAAUUCCUAAAUCGCAUUCACAUUCGCAGGAGGGUUUAUUACUGCUAAAAAUUUACAAUUUGAACAAUGAUUUUUCAUCACAAUGAGAGGCUGAAAUAUUUUAUAAUGAAUUUAUUUGUUGCUUUCAGUUGGAUAUUAUGAGAAGGGGGAUACAAACACUCCCGAAGGUAAAUCUUUCAUACAACAACAGAUGUAUUUAUUAAUUUCCUGUGAAGUUAGACAAGUAACGGCACAAAGUAGAGUCCUUAUAGGCUAUUUCACAGUGCGGCCAUUUUGAUAUUGUCAUCAACACGGCUGUAACUUUUGUGUCUUAGCAAAUGAAUAGCUCAUUUUUGUUAAUCAUAGUUAAACCAACCUCUUGUACUUUACUUUUGGCAAGAAAAGUGUCGCUAAUAAUAUGUAUAAUAUAUAUUA